UUGGGAAACUGGGUACCACGAGACUGGCCUAAAAUAUUGCUUAAAAUGUCACAGAGGAUUCUGCCUUGUCUGGAUUUAUUCUGAUGUCCACACCUGCUCAGGGACUUUGGGAGAUAACGUGUUAGCCUUGGCCACCUGGCUGGAGAAGGCCUUCUCUGACCACAUUGAGCACCUGUCUGAGCACCCCCACUCCGGCUGGUUCAGCAGGCCCUGGGCCCCAGCUCCUUCUCUCUGCUCUUGCCAGCACUGAGUUAGCCGGUCUCCCUGAUUCUGCAGUUUCCUCUCAUCCUCCCCCCAUCGGGGUCAUGAAAGCACAAGAGCCGAUGGUGUUUGGACUGAAAGUCUACUACCGACCUUCCCUGCGAAGACUAGCCCUGAUUGCUGGUCUGGAUUCUAAGAUCCUGUGUGUGCCAAGACUCUUGUGCGCCCAGUAUGCCAUGAAUCCCACUGCACAUUGUGCGGCCAGCUGGAUGCUAGAGGGAAGGUUAAUGGAAGUCCCCAGUGGUCAGCUUGUCCUAUUAGCACCAUGGAAUUCAACAGGCCUGCUUGUGAAGGAAUGUGACCGAGUUAGGCAAGGAGGACACAGAGUCAGCCCUGCAUGCCUCUGUUCUCCCCCUUCUUUUAUAUGCAGACCUUCUGGUUGCCUCCUGAAGGAGGGAAGCCACAUUACAAAGAAAAGUGGAGUAAAUUUCAGGGAAGUGAUACACAAGCACAAAGAAAAAUUCAAUGUAAAAUGGCCCCCAAAUAUAAACGAAGAGCCAGGAAUGACAUGCGCUACCCUGGAGAAGGAUUCCAGAGCUCUGCUGAUAGUCUUCAGGGCAACCAGUGCACUGGGGUUGUGGCAGCUCUCCCCGUACCGGCGUGGGGGCCUCCGAGGGGCCACUGGCAACUUCUUCGGUGCUCUCAUCAGCAAGAAGGGACUGCGGUCACUGACUAUACUUUAG